ACCACUUUAAAAAUUGUAUGAAGUAAUCAGACAAAGUAUUUUCUUUUAAACGCUUAAAUAUCAAAGCGGAACUACGUUUCGGUUAAUUGUAGUUUUCCUCCCGGUCAGAAUUUACGGAGGUGCUCGUUAUAUGACCUGGAGAAUCACGCCUGUUAAGAAGAAACCCUGAAGAUGUCAAACGUGUGCGUGCAUUUAUCACGGUUUUCUCUAGGUCACAAUGUUUUUACAAACCGAACGGAUGCGAAAUUAAGGCCAUGUGUCACAAGGAUGCUGUCCUUGACAUCACAACGUAAUGCAAAGACCAGAAAACCUCCAGAUGACAAUGAGGAAGCAUCCAAACCCAUCCAGUUCUCAAUCAGCAAAGCUAGUCAUCGAACCUGGAAAGUGGACCGUUCGAUGGGCAGCACUUACCAGCGGCCCUGGUGGAAGGUUCUCCCCAUCAGCCUCAUUGGAGUGGGCUUCCUCGCCUGGUGCAUUUUCAGGAGAGAGACCGAGAUCGACGACUCGCUGGAGAAAAACCUCUACGAACAUUUACCAGGACUGCUGUCCGACGAAGAACAGGAGGAUGUCGGCAUCAAAAACAAGCCUUCAUAGUGGCUUAGAAGUGACAUUUGCAGUCUGGAAUGUUUAUUUAUUGUUCAACAAUGCCUUUGGAAGUAAAAUGUUUACUCCAAGACCGUCCACAUUCUGUGCUCUCAAAAGUGGUUGUGUGGAACUGGAUCAUCUGUAGAUGGAUUUAUAUUGAAGAAAAGCCAGUGGCAUUGUAUUGAAAGCAUAAAGAAGAAACUUCUGAAUUGUAAUUGUGGUGCAACUGCUAGUUUAUAAAUAAUGUCAUCAGGAAACCAUUACUAAAGCACUGAAAGUCAACAUUGAGAACAUACUGUAAAAGUGAUACUUGAGCUGUAAAAUAAAUAUUUUAGCAUUAAAUAUUCAAAAGUGAUUUGCAAAAGUGAUUUACAAACCAGAGAUGGUGAAA